GAAAGUAGUACUGUAGUUUUUCUUCGCGUUCGUUGACUAGCUACGGCGUUUAUUUUCACUUUUGGCUCGGUUGUUUUUGGGUCAGCACGCUAGCAGACAAACAAACCGCGCUAAACUUUACGUGACCCCUGUUGCUAAAUCAAACUUGAAUCCCAAAUAAACCUGUUCCUAAUAUUUACCAAAGGUCAGGGCGGUAUUAUGGCGAAAACCUGGCAUAUGUUGAAUUUUCUAACAUGUAGUGUGAGAGGGAAUGGAUUUUUUUUAGUUUGAAUUAAUGCUAAACGAGUGCAGCUUUUAGCCGUAUUUGGUUAUUUGAGGAGAAAUGGACCGACUUGUGAAUAUUGUUGUGUUCAGGCCUCCGUGCAUGUGUUAAUACAGACACGAUGCCAGUCGAGAGAAUGAGGAUGCGGCCAUGGCUGGAGGAGCAGAUCAACUCCUGUCAGAUACCAGGGCUCAAAUGGGUUAACGAAGAAAAGAGGAUCUUCCAAAUCCCGUGGAUGCAUGCAGCGCGUCAUGGCUGGGACCUGGAGAAAGACGCUCCGCUCUUCAUGCGAUGGGCCAUACAUACCGGUAAAUACCAGCCAGGCAUAGACCGUCCAGAUCCCAAGACGUGGAAGGCUAACUUUCGCUGUGCUAUGAACAGCCUGCCGGACAUCGAGGAGGUGAAGGAUAAAAGCAUCAAAAAGGGAACUAAUGCCUUCAGAGUAUAUAAGAUGCUCUCCUCCUCCGAGAGAAGCCUGAAGAAAGGAAAGAAGAAGACAGACAAGGAGGGGAGGCCCAAGGGAACUAAAGAGGCAGCUUCUCCUUCUCCAGACAGGACUUUUGCUGAUGCUCAUGGUGGGCCUGUUGACUACACCACACAGGACAGAACCAAACAGGAAGUGAUCAAGCAGGAAACGGUAGAGCUUACAGUGACGGACCGAGCCUCAGCCAUUAACAGUUCGGUAGAAGAUCAUGUGAUCACCAGUGAGCAGCUGCCAUUUGUCUGUCAGACAAUUGAAGUGACCACUGAGAACGAAGAGCAGACUGUUAGCUCCUCCCACUCGUACCCACUACAAAUCUCCCCUGUGUCUUCUUGCUGUGGCAGCGACACAGACAGCGACAUAGAAGACGGCAAAGAGGGAGCCAGUGAACUCUGGAGGCGGGAAUGCAGCACAUCAGUUCUCAGGGUUCCCACAUGCUCUCUUCCUGGCAUGGCCACCUUCGUCAGCACGAGCAAGCCCAACUUCAAGGUGACCAGUACACGGGACCCGGCCCCCCUCAUCAGCUACCACACUGACAGCUGGACGCCGGCCUACGGCCAGAACUCUGCAGCAGCCAGCCAUACUCAUGAGAUGCGAGCAAGUGUCAUUAUGAAAACGUCUGAUGUCACUUCCUCCUGACCUUUGACCCCAGAUGAGAGCGUAUGAUUACUGCUUUCAGGCCAUAGGAAUUACAGAGGUUGGUUGUUUGUUCCAUCAGGGCUGCUUGGAGCCUAAAGAGGUCAAGCUUCAAAACCUUUGAUUUUAUUGUUGCUUCUGUCUAGGUCACAUCUGUUUUGGACCAUAUUUGGCCUUUUUAGACACAGUCAUCGCCCAUGUGUCACUGGCAGAGCAGCUCCUCUGUUGGUUUGUGCUAACACUUCAGCGUACACUAUGCCAUAGUAUACUUUUAUCUCGUGAAAGAAACAUUUGUUUUUAGUUGUGGAAAUUUCUCAUUGUUUUUUAUUGCACAACCUGUACAUGGAUACUUUUUUUUUUUUUAAACAAAUCAUCUUUGAGUCAGUAUUGCAAGUGCGAGCUCUAGUGUUAGCAUGAAACAUAGCACAGAAUGCUAGGACACACGAAUAGAACAAAGACUGCGUGUUCCUAAAAGCAGUCUGUGUUCUUAACAAAACAAUGAACACUUUAAUGUAAAAUUAUAUUUCUGUUGGCAAACCAGCUUCACUAGCAACGAGAUCAAAUAGAAUCAAAGGCAUAUUGUUUUAUUUAGCUGACAUCAUCAUGAAGUCCUGGGUCGCCCCCAGACGUUGUGCAUAUCUGUCUGUCUGGAAACCUCAGGACAAUGUACCCGUCAACACACAGACAGAUGAGCAGACAGAAAGAAGGACAGACAGACAGACAGACCGACUGACAGACUGUGAAUGAUGUAUUCUUGUCUUCUCCUCCCUCCUGCCUCGUGUUAAUAAUGUACAUAGCUCAUAUGUAUGUGUGCCUGCAAGCCGCUUCUGCACCUUAAGGACAGCACUGGUGUGUGUGUGUGUGUGUGUGCGUGUGUGUUUGGGAGAGGGAGGAAGAAGAAAAAGCCUUAUUGAAGACGUGUGCAUUUUAUUAGAGUGCGGCUGGAUUCAGACUAUCUGUGCUUCAAUCUGUGACAUAUGCAGGUAGUUUUCAGGGAUUGUGUUGUUUGGUCACCAUUGUCAUUUGAGCCAACAGGCAGCAACAGGUGUGUAAAAGUGAUCGUGUGGAGCACUGAACGAUGGAGAAAAGGUUAACAUUAGCUUGAACUGGUUAACUUGAGUCACCAUCAGGGGAGCAAGUGGGGUAUGCAGUUAAUUCUGUGCAUUUAAAGUGAAUAUCUUGCUUUGAUAACAAGGAAUAGGGAAGUUGAGAGGACUGCGUCAUCAGCAGAGGCUGAGCUCCGUUUUUGUUUAGAAAUCACUUUUUUCUUUUUUUCUCUAGCUCAGAACUUCCCACUCCCCUGUUGACAGAUUCCCUGCACAGAUGUUGCAGUCCAAGCCUUUCCCAGCUUGUUACAGUACAGUCGCCACCAGCCUUAAUCUUGAUGCCUUCAAUAUCAAAUAGUUCUUUUGACUCCUUAAAGUGCAAAUAUACGCACAGAAUGAUGAAUUAUGGCAGCAAAGAGGACACGUGUCUUAUUUUUGCAUUAUUGGAGCAAACCUGAUGGUUUCAAUAUUACUUGGCAAAAUAUGAUUUACCUCAUAAGUAGCAGAAUAUGAAAUGUUCUUGCUAAGAUCCCGAAGAUUAAGGCUCCACAGUUAUGAGCUAUGGUGAAAGCUACUUGUGUUAGCAGUGAGCAGACUAAAGCACAGUAAAGUCCCAGCCUGCCUUUAACAAACUCCAGUGGGAACUGCUCUAAAAGUUCCUGUAGGAAAUCAAUAGGACAAAUAGGAACCUGCCAUGAUUUUGUGAACCAAAGCACUAGAGAGAUUUACACUGGACACACAUUACUAUCGUGAUGACUUUAUUUAAGAUUCUCGUUGAGUCAGCGGGGUUUGGAUGCGGAAUAGACAUCGCUUUACCAAAUGUUUCUUCCAUGUGCCUUUUAUUGUUAGACAAUUAAAAUCGCGUACUGAUAGACUGCUUCUCUUUCACUUCGUGGUAGUUUCCAACAGGCUGCAAUACACAGGCAGUACUUUAUGCAGUAGUAUUCUAAUAACACAGCCAUCACAAUCACCUGCCUUUUCUAAGCGUACAUCUGUCCUGGUGAGCCGUUUUUUUUUGUUUUUUGUUUCCUUCAGAGUUGUCAUAAUGGUCACAUUCUCUUUCAGCACCAUAUGCAAAAUUAAUAGUUAACAGUUAUCAUUGAUCAAAUUGGAUGCUGUUACUUCUUUGUGAAACUCAAAUGUCCCUAAGUUUGUCAAGUCGUCCACAUGUGAAUGACAUAACCUUCAUGACAGUGCAAAUGUAUUGAAGAUUGAAGUGUGGGCUGAUCAGAAAUCAGCACAAUCUGAAGCUCAGAAUUACUUCUAGGUGAACAGUCUGGCGUUCAUACCCCUCUAUAUUUCACAAGCUCGUCCCAGUUAUUUUGAAGAGGUCUUAUAAGUGGAGUCGACUUCUGCCUCGUUACACACGAUGGGGACGACUUUGCAGCAAGAAGUUAACAGUGACGGUCGUUAGCUCGAUGAAAUAAUGUUAACAAAGAGUAGUCAUUCUGUCAUUCUGACUGUUUUGAUGUUCAUAUACCAGAAAGGACAAUAUUACCAUUCAGUUCAAAGGAAAAAAAAGUUAAUUGCUUAGUCACCAACAACAUGCCACAACAGUUUAUUCUCUGUACAUCAUGAAAACUACAUGUGAAUCAACAUGUAAAUCAGAAUAAAGAUUUGUUUUUGUAUUUAUGGA